GUGUAACCCGAGCCUUCUUUGUCUGCUUCCCAGGGAUUUUCCCGUGUCUGGGGAGUGGGCCGAGAGCGGACCAGGUUUGACAGAGCAGGGAUUGGCGGCAGGAAAGCCCUACAGCCAGCUUGGUUAGGACGGCCAAGUAGGUAGCUUAGCUCUCAAUCACGUGCUACUCGCCCCGUCCCCAGGUCUAAAGCCAAAUCAACCCAGUAAGUUGUGAAGCCAGAGGGCAGCCUCGGGCCACCUCCGAGCUACUGCGGGGCUGGGUUCUGGGUCGGCUGUUGAGGGGGUGCGGGGCAGACCACUCCCUUCCUUGGGUCGGGGGCGCGGCCUCAGCGGCCCCGCCCCGCUCCACCAGGCCGGACCUGGCGGGCGCCCGGAGCCCGGAGCGGGCUUGAGAGCCGGCGGAUCUGCGGCGAGAAGGUGCCCGCGCUGGAGCCGGACCCGGAGCCGGGCAGGAGCUGGAGCGGCGACGCAGGUGGCAUCGGGUUCCCCUGGAGGCCCACGGCCAGGCCAGAGGUUCUGCCGCCAUGGCCAUUGUGCAGACUCUGCCGGUGCCACUGGAGCCCGCUCCUGAGGCCACCACGACCCCACAAGCUCCAGCCAUGGGCAGUGUGAGCAGCCUCAUCUCAGGCCGGCCCUGCCCUGGGGGGCCAGCUCCUUCCCGCCACCACGGCCCCCCUGGGCCCACCUUCUUCCGCCAGCAGGAUGGACUGCUGCGGGGUGGCUGUGAUGCACAGGAGCCACUGUGCCCAGCUGUGCCCCCCAGGAAGACCGUUCCUGGCACCACCUUCACCUACAUUAACGAGGACUUCCGGACAGAGUCACCCUCCACCCCCAGCAGUGACAUCGAGGAUGCCCGGGAGCAGCGGGCACGCAAUGCCCACCUCCGCGGCCCCCCACCAAAGCUCAUUCCUGUCUCCGGAAAGCUGGAGAAGAACAUGGAGAAAAUCCUGAUCCGCCCAACAGCCUUCAAGCCAGUCCUGCCCAAACCUCGAGGGGCGCCGUCUCUCCCCAGCUUCCUGGGUCCUCGGGCCACCGGACUGUCUGGGAGCCAGGGCAGCCUAACACAGCUGUUUGGGGGCGCUGCCUCCUCCUCCUCUUCCUCCUCCUCCUCAGCUGCUGACAAACCUUUGGCACUGAGUGGCUGGGCCAGCGGCUGCCCAUCAGGGACGCUGUCCGACUCCGGCCGAAACUCACUGUCCAGCCUACCCACUUACAGCACUGGGGGUGCCGAGCCGGCCACCAACUCCCCAGGCGGGCACCUGCCCUCCCAUGGCCCUGGGCGGGGCGUACUGCCAGGGCCAGCCCGAGGAGCCCCUACUGGGCCCUCCCACUCGGACAGCGGCCGAUCUUCCUCAAGCAAGAGCACAGGCUCCCUGGGGGGCCGCGUGGCUGGAGGCCUCUUGGGCAGCGGUCCCCGGGCCUCCCCUGACAGCAGCUCCUGUGGGGAGCGCUCCCCACCACCGCCCCCACCCCCUCCGCCCCCUUCGGACGAGGCCCUGCUGCACUGUGCCCUGGAAGGGAAGCUCCGUGACCGUGAAGCAGAGCUGCAGCAGCUGCGGGACAGUCUGGAGGAGAGUGAGGUGUAUGAGGAUCGGCAGCGGCACUGGCAGCGGGAGCGCGAGGCCCAGCGAGAGGACGGGGCGGCCCAGGCGCAGCGGGCCCAGCGAGCUCAGCAGCUGCUGCAGCUGCAGGUGUUCCAGCUGCAGCAGGAGAAGCGGCAGCUGCAGGAUGACUUUGCGCAGCUGCUGCAGGAACGGGAACAGCUAGAGCGGCGCUGCGCUACCUUCGAGCGGGAGCAGCGGGAGCUCGGGCCCCGGCUCGAGGAGACCAAGUGGGAGGUGUGCCAGAAGUCGGGCGAGAUCUCCCUGCUGAAGCAACAACUGAAGGAGUCUCAGGCAGAGCUGGUGCAGAAGGGCAGUGAGCUGGUGGCCCUGCGGGUGGCCCUGCGGGAGGCACGGGCAGCCCUGCGGGUCAGUGAGGGCUGGGUGCGGGGUCUCCAGGAGGCAGCCCGAGCACGAGACCUGGAGCUGGAGGCCUGUUCCCAGGAGCUGCAGCGGCACCGCCAGGAGGCUGAGCGGCUUCGGGAGAAAGCUGGGCAGUUGGACACCGAGGCGGCUGGGCUCCGGGAACCCCCUGUGCCACCUGCCACUGCUGACCCAUUCCUCCUGGCAGAGAGUGAUGAGGCCAAGGCACAGCGUGUGGCAGCCGGGGUUGGGGGCAGCCUGCGGGCCCAGGUGGAGCGGCUGCGGGCCGAACUACAGCAGGAGCGGCGGCGAGGCGAGGAGCAGAGGGACAGCUUCGAGGGGGAACGGCUGGCCUGGCAGGCAGAGAAGGAGCAGGUGAUCCGCUAUCAGAAGCAGCUGCAGCACAACUACAUCCAGAUGUACCGGCGGAACCGGCAGCUGGAGCAGGAGCUGCAGCAGCUCAGCCUGGAGCUGGAGGCCCGGGAGCUCGCCGACCUGGGCCUGGCGGAGCCAGCCCCCUGCAUCUGCCUGGAGGAGAUCACUGCCACUGAAAUCUAGGGCCCUUGGGGUCCCAGCUCCGCAGGGAGCUCUGCUGAAAGGGAACCGCUGCCUCAGGUCCACUGAGGGCCCCAGAGCCACUCGUCCCCUGGGAUCCAGGCCGCUGGGCCUCUGCCAAGACCCCAGGCUGCCCUAUGACUUGGAUCGGACCCCUUGGAGGUCCCUGUGUUCACUAUCACCCAGAGGCUCCUGCUCACUCCGCCUGUUUCACUCCCCACCUGUUGCCAGUGCCACUCUGCCAACCCCAAACGCUCACCAGCUCAACCAGCCAGGGGGCUGGGGAGAGGAAGGAGCUCCCUCGUCUCCACACUCCAAAGCCAGAGAGAGCCAGACAGCGCCAGCUGCUCCAGAUGUGCCUGCCCUACCCUGCCCAUGUUGGGGGACAGGGCUGGGACUGGGGUCUGGUCCCCAGCUUCCAGCUCUGCAGCCUCUCAACUGUGGUGAGGGGGCUAUAGUCAGACCAAAGGAAGAACUCAGAAAUGUCUUGUUUAUUUGUGUUUGUGACCAAGUUGCCCCUCCCUACACCCUGGUGUAUGGCCUCGUUUUCACUUGUAUAUUUUUCACACUGUAAAUUUCUUGUACAAACCCAAAGAAAAAAAUUAAAAAUUUUUUUGAUUUUUAAAAAAA